AUGCCCCAACAAUUAAUUCAACAUAACCUAUGGUGGAAUGGCCCACCAUGGCUCCAAAAUACGCCUGACUCAUGGCCUACUUCCCCCAGUAAUUUAUUUCGUGAAGAAAUUAUAGUCAACAAUGUAGCUGCUCACGCAACAAAAGCAACUACAAUUGAAACUUAUCCAGAAUUAACACAACGCUUUUCAAGGCUAUCUUCGCUGAUACGUGUGACGUCAUAUAUUCUUCGUUUUUACAACAACACAAAAUCAAAACAAAUCAACAGAAAAGUUGGAUUUCUUAAAACCUACGAACUUAAAGCAGCAAUGCAUUUGCUCAUUAAACUAACACAAGCGGUGUCACAUCAUGAUGAAAUAAAAACACUGAAAUUGGGAAAUAGGGUUCCCAAUCAAAGUAAUAUUGCAAAACUAUCGCCGUUUCUUGAUGAAGAGGGAACUCUGCGAGUUGGUGGUAGAAUUUCAAACUCUGCUAUUCCCUACAACACUAAACAUCCUAUUUUGUUAUCAAAACAAAAUCCACUGUCUUUUCUUAUAUUUUUAGAUGCUCAUAUAAAAACUUAUCAUGGAAGCCUCCAGCUUAUGCAGUCCUACGUUUCCCGUAGCUAUUGGAUAGUUUCCGCUAGAAAUAUAGCUAAACGCGUACAACGUGAAUGUACUUUAUGCUUUAAGUACAAAGCGCAAUCCUGUCAACAACUCAUGGCUUCUACUUCCAAGGGCUACAUUUGUCUUUUUAUCUGCAUGCGUACGAAGGCGAUACAUUUAGAGGCUGUCACUAGUCUAAAUGUGGAUGCUUUCUUGGCAGCAUUCCGUCGCUUUACUGCGCGUAGAGGCUUAUGCACCGAUUUAUACUCGGACUGUGGUACUAAUUUCGUGGGUGCAAACAAAGAACUCCAAGUUCUGUAUCACCGAAACAAAACAUCACUUCCUGAUCAUCUCGCAGAAACUUUAGCCAAUCAAGGUACAACAUGGCACUUUAUUCCGCCUGCUUCACCCCACUUUGGCGGACUCUGGGAAGCUGGUGUGAAAUCCACGAAACAUCACUUGCGCCGAAUAAUGAAAGAUCGCACACUAACAUACGAAGAACUCAGUACCCUCUUGGCACAAAUAGAAAGCUGCCUAAACUCCAGGCCGUUAUGUCCCUUAUCAGCCGAUCCGAAAGAUGCCGAUGUACUCACACUAGCACAUUUUCUUAUUGGAGAACCUACCAAUUGUAUCCCCGAUGAUGACUUACUUGAUGCUAAUCUUAACCGUUUAAGCCGUUGGAAAGUAGUAGAACAUCUCAAACAAAAUUUCUGGGAUCGCUGGAACAAAGAAUAUUUAUGUCGUCUUCAAGCUAGACCAAAAUGGAAUAAGGUCGAAAGAAAUAUAAAAGUUGCAUGUUCUUCUAUGCCAUUAUCUUCUUCAACUCAAUCAUCAAAUAAAGAAGCAAAUCCAGAUACUACAAAACUAUUGGAGCUUGAAAACGGAAUUAAAUCCAUAACACAGAUGGUUUCUAAUGUGAUGUCUCAAUUAAAUUUAAUAAAAUCUGAUCUGGAUAAAAGUCUAUCAAAAUCAAAGGAAACCGAAGAACUAUUUCACUCAAAAAUACACAGUCUAGAAAUUGAAAACAACUCACUGAGAAGGCAAUUAAACCGAGGUGAUAUUGUAGUCAACGGUUUAUCUAAGGCUUUAACUAGAGACAAGCUAUAUGCACAAAUUUUUAAAAUAGGAGAAGUUCUUGGUGUUAAUUUGCAACACAAUGACAUUAACGUGUGCACCUACAUUCAAGGCAAAGCCCAGGUGUUGGUUAAGUUCAAUAGUAUCUACAAAAGGGAUCAGCUUAUCCAGAAGUACUUUGAAAAAAAAUCUCUUUAUCUUAAUGAACUUUACAUAAAUGAUGAGCAGCCGUUGAAUUCAGAAGGAAGUGAAAACGAACAAAAUUCCACAGGCGACCAAAUGAAUACCAAUAACCUAAGUGAGAUAAGGGUUUAUUUAAAUGAACAUCUAACGCCUAUUGCAGCUAAGCUGAAUUACAUGUGCCGCAAGAUGCUGAAAACUAAAAAAAUUAAAAAAUUCAAACUUUACAAUAGAGAUGUCCCAGAAGUUAAAAUUACAUUGAAUGAUGGUGGUGAAAAAACGUUCAACAUUGAAAAACUUCAUGUUUUAUUUAAGGCAGUCUCAUCACAAAACGGUCAACAACAAGAUGGUACAAACCAUACUGAAUAG